AUGUCUGCUGUUUACCCAACUUUACCAAAGUUGGUUGCACGAGAUGGUUUUGAUGAUGAGGAUUUGACAGAUAUUGAUGAUGAGGUUUUCAUUAGAGAUGGAAAAAAUGGUAUUUUAAAAUUGGAUGAUGAUGGAGGAGUUAAACGGCCUUUAAUGGCUCCUCGUAGAAAGUAUAAAAGAUCUCAUAAAUUUGAAACAUAUAAGCUUUCAAAUAGGACUAUUUAUAUACCUCUCUGCUUUGGGUUUAUGGCAUUAAUAAUAUUACUAAGCCUUAUUAUAUUAUGCAUAUAUAUAGUAAAUAUAAUUCCUAUGCCAAUGUCACUUUUGAAAAAUUGGUUGUCACGUGACAUUAAAGACUCAUUACAUGAAUCUAAUAUAGUUCCAUGCACAUCUCUUACAACAAAAAUUUUAUGGACCAGGUCAUUACCAAAAUUGACAUCAGAAUCUCCAUUGCGAAGCAAUGAUGUUAAUGGAGAUGGAGUUGAAGAUAUCAUAGUUGGAUUUAGUACAGGAUUAGAUGUGGUAAACACUCCAGAUUAUAUUUGUGCAUUAUACUUUGAAGGGCAAGUUCCAUGUUUUGGUGGAGUUUUAGCUUUAAAUGGUAAAACUGGAGACACACUUUGGAUGCACUGGACAGCUCAUGCAAUUUUGUCAGUUGAUUGUGGUUUGGAUUUAACAAAUGAUAAAAUUAAAGAUUGUAUUAUAUGUGGUAGGGGUGGAAUAUUUCAUGCAGUUAAUGGACACAAUGGAGCUAGCAUAUGGGAAAUACCAUCAGUAUCAGAAGAGUGGCAACUCUCAGAUAUUUAUGAUGCUAAAUUUAUUGCUGAUAUUGAUGGAGAUGAUAUUGGAGAUAUUAUUGCAUCGCACACUGUACAAUCAAGAGAAUUUCAUUCAAGUGAAAUUCUAAUAAUAUCAGGAAUCAAUGGAAGUAUUAUACAUAGUUCAAUUUUACCAAAUACAGAACAAUUGUUUUUAGCACCUCAAAAAUUAAUCCAUCCAGAUGGAGAAAGUAUUUUUGUUCUUGUAACUAGCAGUCAAAAACAAUCAGGAGGAUUGUAUGUAAUUCCUCAGGUGAAUUUAAUGUAUGGCAAUUUGAAAUUACGAAAACUCCAUCAUGACACAGGAAAGGGAACUUUAUUACCUCCAAUUUUAGUAGAUGUAACAUUGGAUGGAAUUGAAGAUAUUGUUGCUGCUAUGUUUAACUCUACAAUAAUAGUUUAUGAUGGAUUAACAUUUGAACCUCUUUGGAAUUAUACAGUCCCUAAUUCUGAAGUAAUAAGUAUACCUAUUCCUGGUUAUUACAAUGAUGAUAAUAUUCCAGAUUUUAUGGUAAAACAUCAAAUAGGCUCAGGUUUUCCAACAUAUUAUUACACAGUUGCAACAAUUAUAGAUGGAAAAACUGGUAAAUCUUUACUAGAGAAACCAAUAGAAGACAGUUUAAGUAGAGAAAUGUCUGGUUUAUCCGUAACUGUUGAGGGAUUUGGAAAUGAUUGGUUCUUACAUUGGUCUGUUGAUUGUCUAAACUAUGAAGGAAUUAAAGAAAAAUAUCAGUUUUUAAAAAGUGAAGAUCUUAUAUCUGAAUCACGUGCUGACCUUUGUAAACUGAGAUUUAACUCCACUCUAAUUACAAAUUUAUAUGCCUUGAGUCAACAUGUUGGGCCACCUGGUGUAUCACUAUAUUUUUCGGAAGAUUGGAAGUCUUUAGAAUAUAAUAAUUCUAUGAAUUCUAAAGUUGAACUACGCGCAAAUGCACCAUUUCUAUCUGAAAGAUCACCAAAAGAAAAUACAUUGAAACAAGAACAUGAAGAUAAAUCUAAUGUAAUGAAUAGUGAUUCUUAUGAUGAUAUUUUGAGGAACGAAAAUAAAUGGACACAAAAAAGAGGAGAAACAAGUAAAGAUUAUGACAUGUUAUAUAAUGAGAAUGAUAAAAUGAAUGAACAAAAAAAAUAUACACUAGACUUCCAACGAGUAAAUGAUGUACAAGAACAAAAAGAUAACGUUAAUCGUAAACUUAGCGAUGAACUUGAUAAAAGUGUAAAUAAUUCUGAACUCUUUAAUUAUUAUUCUACAAACCGUGACACUGAAAACAAUAGAAAUACUGAUGCGGAAACUGUAAUAUUAAUUAAAAGAACAGCAACUUUGUUGCAAGAUAAUAUAAAUAAAACAAAAGAUACAACUGAUCAACCUUUUGUAGAUGUUGUAAAAACCUAUGCUAGUGAUUCUUCUAAUAUUAUACCAAAUGAAGAAGAUAUUGCCGACAUAGAACAAAUUUUUAAACGGGAAUCGUUAAAAAAUCAAAAUAAAAAGAGAGAUAUCAAUGCAAAGUCAAAAAUUGAAUUAACAGAUAAAUUUAAAACAAAAUUAAAAAACCAAAAAAAGAAACGAGAAAUAACAACCAAAAGCAAUCAAGUAUAUCCAGCAUAUGGUGUACAAAAACAACCGCCGACUGGAAUAUUGUUACCCUCUAUUUUAAAAUCGCAAGGAAUAGCUUCCGUAGAUUUGGUAUUUUCUACAUUUUGGUUACCACCCUCUGAAGUACCUGUAAUAUUAGUUCAGGAAGAUUUAGAUUGUAUUCAUUGGAAAAAAAUGUUAUCACAAAAAAACCUGCAAUACAAACAGAAUGAUGACAUUAUUAAAGAAUGCUUAGAUGAACGUGGUGUUAAUUACAAUGCACAGAAAGAAACAAAUGACAAACAAAAUUUUAAAAUUUCUCUUGGACAAAUGACAAUAUACAGACUGAGACUAGAAUGCACAUGCCCAGAAGAUAUGUUACCUAAUCAAAGUUGUAAAAAUAUAUCUUCACAUCAAAGUUGGUCUGAAUAUUUGGGUUCCCAUGGGAAUGGAUAUUUUAAACCACUUUAUAAAUCAAACUUUUGA